ACUUCCGCUGACGUCGGAGGUCAGAGGUUUCAGACAAGAUGUCGGCCGAUGGUUGCUUUGAGCAUUUGCGGAGAGGAGCAUCUCUGUGACAGAAGCUUGUCGACGGUGGCUUCUAGGAGCUAGUCGAAGGAGCGAGGUUGAGGCGGGCAGCCACUCUUCAGUUCGCUCCCCUGGGGACCGGCCGGCUGCGAGACGUGACUUCUGGGGACCGCAGGUAGCGGGGAGGUGCCAAAGACCAGUAAUGCCCUGUAUCCCACCGGGAAGCCGGGAAGUCAAGCUCCGCGGGACCACUUCAUGCCGCUGACUGGUGUAGAGCCCGCCAGAAUGAACAGGAAGAAAGGAGACAAGGGCUUUGAAAGCCCAAGGCCAUAUAAAUUAACCCAUCAGGUCGUCUGCAUCAACAACAUAAAUUUCCAGAGAAAAUCUGUUGUGGGAUUUGUGGAACUGACUAUAUUUCCCACAGUUGCAAACUUGAAUAGAAUCAAGUUGAACAGUAAACAGUGUAGAAUAUACCGAGUAAGGAUCAAUGAUUUAGAGGCUGCUUUUAUUUAUAAUGACCCAACCUUGGAAGUUUGUCACAGUGAAUCAAAACAGAGAAACCUCAAUUAUUUUUCCAAUGCUUAUGCAGCUGCAGUUAGUGCGGUGGACCCUGAUGCAGGAAAUGGAGAACUUUGCAUUAAAGUUCCAUCAGAGCUGUGGAAACAUGUUGAUGAGUUAAAGGUCCUGAAGAUACACAUCAAUUUUUCUCUGGAUCAGCCCAAAGGAGGUCUUCAUUUUGUGGUACCCAGUGUAGAGGGAAGUAUGGCAGAGAGAGGUGCUCAUGUUUUCUCUUGUGGGUAUCAAAAUUCUACAAGAUUUUGGUUCCCUUGUGUUGAUUCAUACUCUGAAUUGUGUACAUGGAAAUUAGAAUUUACAGUAGAUGCUGCAAUGGUUGCUGUUUCUAAUGGCGAUUUGGUGGAGACAGUGUAUACCCAUGAUAUGAGGAAGAAAACUUUCCAUUAUAUGCUUACCAUUCCUACAGCAGCGUCAAAUAUCUCCUUGGCCAUUGGACCAUUUGAAAUACUUGUAGAUCCAUACAUGCAUGAGGUUACUCAUUUUUGUUUGCCCCAACUUCUUCCAUUGCUGAAACAUACCACCUCAUACCUUCAUGAAGUCUUUGAGUUUUAUGAAGAAAUUCUCACGUGUCGAUACCCAUACUCCUGUUUUAAGACUGUCUUCAUUGAUGAGGCUUAUGUUGAAGUGGCUGCUUAUGCUUCCAUGAGCAUUUUUAGCACGAAUCUUUUACACAGUGCCAUGAUUAUAGAUGAGACACCUUUGACUAGAAGGUGUUUAGCCCAGUCCUUGGCCCAGCAGUUUUUUGGAUGUUUCAUAUCUAGAAUGUCUUGGUCUGAUGAAUGGGUGCUGAAGGGAAUUUCAGGCUAUAUCUAUGGACUUUGGAUGAAAAAAACUUUUGGUGUUAAUGAAUACCGCCAUUGGAUUAAAGAGGAGCUAGACAGAAUUGUGGCAUAUGAACUGAAAACUGGUGGAGUUUUACUACAUCCCAUAUUUGGUGGAGGAAAAGAGAAGGAUAAUCCAGCUUCCCAUCUACACUUUUCAAUAAAGCAUCCACAUACACUGUCCUGGGAAUACUACACUAUGUUUCAGUGUAAAGCCCACCUUGUGAUGAGAUUGAUUGAAAAUAGGAUCAGUAUGGAAUUUAUGCUACAGGUUUUCAAUAAACUGCUAAGUCUGGCGAGUACUGCUUCAUCUCAGAAGUUCCAGUCACAUAUGUGGAGUCAGAUGUUGGUUUCCACAUCUGGGUUUUUGAAAUCCAUUUCAAAUGUCUCUGGCAAAGAUAUUCAGCCAUUAAUAAAGCAGUGGGUAGAUCAGAGUGGAGUGGUAAAAUUUUAUGGAAGUUUUGCAUUUAAUAGAAAACGAAAUGUCUUGGAAUUGGAAAUAAAACAGGACUAUACAUCUCCUGGAACUCAGAAAUAUGUGGGACCACUUAAAGUGACAGUGCAGGAGUUAGAUGGAUCCUUCAAUCAUACACUGCAAAUUGAAGAAAACAGCCUUAAACAUGAUAUACCUUGCCAUUCCAAAAGUAGAAGGAAUAAAAAGAAAAAAAUCCCACUGAUGAAUGGGGAGGAAGUUGACAUGGAUCUUUCUGCAAUGGAUGCCGAUUCCCCUUUGCUGUGGAUAAGGAUAGACCCAGAUAUGUCAGUAUUGAGGAAGGUAGAAUUUGAGCAAGCUGAUUUUAUGUGGCAGUAUCAGCUCCGGUAUGAGAGAGAUGUUGUUGCACAGCAGGAAUCCAUUUUGGCUUUGGAAAAAUUCCCUACUCCAGCAUCUCGGCUUGCACUCACUGAUAUAUUAGAACAAGAGCAGUGUUUCUACAGAGUAAGAAUGUCAGCUUGCUUCUGUCUUGCGAAGAUUGCAAAUUCAAUGGUGAGCACAUGGACAGGACCACCAGCCAUGAAGUCACUCUUUACUAGGAUGUUUUGUUGUAAAAGUUGUCCAAACAUUGUGAAAACAAACAACUUUAUGAGUUUUCAAAGUUAUUUUCUACAGAAGACUAUGCCAGUUGCAAUGGCUUUAUUAAGAGAUGUUCAUAAUCUUUGUCCUAAAGAAGUCUUAACAUUUAUUUUAGACUUAAUCAAGUACAAUGACAACAGGAAAAAUAAGUUUUCAGAUAACUAUUAUCGUGCAGAAAUGAUUGAUGCCCUGGCCAACUCUGUUACACCUGCAGUCAGUGUGAAUAAUGAAGUUAGAACUUUGGAUAACUUAAAUCCUGAUGUGCGACUCAUUCUUGAAGAAAUCACCAGAUUUUUGAAUAUGGAAAAACUUCUUCCGAGUUAUAGACAUACCAUCACUGUCAGUUGUUUGAGAGCCAUACGGGUACUUCAGAAAAACGGACAUGUGCCAAGUGAUCCAGCUCUUUUUAAAUCUUACGCUGAAUAUGGCCACUUUGUGGACAUUAGGAUAGCAGCUUUGGAAGCAGUUGUUGAUUAUACUAAAGUGGACAGAAGUUAUGAAGAACUGCAAUGGCUACUUAAUAUGAUUCAGGAUGACCCUGUACCCUAUGUAAGGCAUAAGAUUCUCAACAUGUUGACUAAGAACCCACCAUUUACUAAGAACAUGGAGUCUCCCUUAUGCAAUGAAGCCCUGGUAGAUCAACUUUGGAAACUUAUGAAUUCUGGUACUUCACAUGACUGGAGGUUACGGUGUGGUGCUGUGGACUUGUACUUCACACUUUUUGGCCUCAGUAGACCUUCCUGUUUACCCUUGCCAGAGCUUGGGUUGGUUCUUAAUCUAAAGGAGAAAAAAGCUGUCUUGAAUCCUACCAUAAUUCCAGAGGCAGUAGCCGUCAACCAAGAAGCUGCAAAUAAUCCAAGCAGUCACCCACAGCUAGUUGGAUUUCAGAAUCCUUUUUCAAGUUCUCAAGAUGAGGAGGAGAUUGAUAUGGAUACUGUUCAUGAUAGCCAGGCCUUUAUUUCCCAUCAUUUAAACAUGCUUGAAAGGCCAUCAACUCCAGGGCUCUCGAAAUAUCGGCCAGCUAGCUCCCGAUCUGCUUUAAUACCGCAGCACUCAACAGGCUGUGACAGCACACCCACCACAAAACCCCAGUGGAGUUUGGAACUUGCACGGAAGGGAACAGGUAAAGAACAAUCACCUUUGGAGAUGGGUAUGCAUCCAGUGGCAAGUGCUCCACUCUCAGUCUUUACUAAGGAAUCUACAGCCUCCAAACACAGUGACCACCAUCACCACCAUCACCAUGAACACAAGAAGAAGAAGAAGAAGCACAAACAUAAGCACAAACACAAGCAUAAGCAUGACAGUAAAGAAAAGGACAAGGAGCCUUUCACUUUCUCCAGCCCUGCCAGUGGCAGGUCUAUUCGUUCUCCUUCCCUUUCAGACUGAGAAGGGGACAAAGAGACCUUUCCUUCCAUGUCCAGAAGAAUGUAUGUAACUAAAGCUUUGUCCUCUCUGAUGAAUGAUAAAAGGGAGGGGGGAAAGGAUUUGCCUCUCCUACAGAAAUUCUGAAUUCAUUUAAGUUCUAAGCAUUUGAUUUACAUUAUUUAUACAGUUGGGAUCUAAUUAGGAAAAUGUGUUUUGUAGUUCUGGAUAGACUAUUUCUUCCGCUGUUUCCUCCUCAAAACACACAGAGCAAACUCCUUUUCAUAAAAGCCCUCGUAUCCACUGACAGUGCCCAUUCGCAUCAUGGUCUCCAUGUGUACUGCCAAAGUCAAUUAUGUUUGAAAGCCUUUGGUGGAUGUUAUGGGGCAAAGUAUGAUUUACACAGAAGCAACUGCCAAAUCUGUGGUGCAACCACUAUCUCCAGUGAAAUAUUGUAUAACACCAUUUGGAACUACUGAAAAGACAGAGGCUUUUCUACAGGACUCUUCCUUAUUGCACCAUUUUUGUAUUAACCAUAGAAACUAAGCAUCAGAAUUUAUGUACAAAGAAUAUGUUAUUUUUCCUUCUGCUCUAAAAUACUGAGAUUUGGGAAAGCAAUUCUUUUUUAAAAAAAUUUUGAAUAACUAUCUUUUGAUAACACAUUCGGCGGUUACGAUGUUGGAAUUUAGCAGAACUAUCAAAUCCAAAAUUGUUUUCAAAUCAAGAUGUUUAAAUUAUAAGUUGUUUUGUUUUGUUUUCCAAUAAGUAUGAAUGAAAAUAUUCAUAUGUAAAAUAUGUUUUGCUAAAUGUGGACAAUUUACACACCCAACAUUUACUCUUUCCAAAAUUAUUUCUGUAGGACACAAAGUAUGAUACCUUUAAAAAGGUGACCUUAUAUAUUGUUUAUUAACCUAGAAAUAGACAAUUUGGCUGUCAUACCAUAAGCAUUUUAAAACACAUAUGAGACGUUUUGAUUUCAUUGUAUGGUGGUGCAUUUUUACUUUUAUUUCUGAAUUUUCCAUAUGCUUUAAUACUUGUUUAAGAAUAUUUUUAUAUCUGUUCCAUUUUUAUCAUUUCCCUUAUCAUUAGAAAGUUUGACAAAAAUACUUGAAUAUUGGUUCUCUAAAUAUACUUUUAGUUGUGUUUAACUCAUUUAAUAAAUAACUUUUUAAGUUGAUCA